UUCCAGAGGUGUUCCUCCUCCAGAAGACGCCAUCCUCUCCAGUCACCUGCAUGGCGACAGGUUUCUACCCCGACUUAGCCGACCUGUUUUGGAGGAAAGACGGCGAGCAGAUCUUCGAGGACGUGGAGCACGGAGAGCUGCUCCCCAACCACGACGGAACCUUCCAGAUGUCGGUGGAGCUGAAAGUGGAGGUGACGGCCGAGGUGGAGGGCAAGUACGAAUGUGUGUUCCAGCUGUCUGGCGUCAAGGAGGACCUGGUCACCAAGCUGGAGAGAAGAAGCAUCCUGAGCAACGCAAGCCAUGAAGACAACUGGAGCGUCGCCCUCGCUGCCACGGCGGCGGUCGUCGCUGUGGCGGCCGUCCUGGCGGCCAUCAUCAUCGUCAUGGUCAGGCGUCACAGAAACAUGGGCGUGGCCAUGGAGCUCGUCAAACAACGUCCGCACCGAUACCCGUUGUCGAUGCCUUGCCGAUAUCACGGGAGGAGGAACCCAUGCAGCUUGGAGGGAAUCGUCUCUCUCAAGCAGAGAGAGAUCGUCGCCUUCGUCUUCUGCUUUGUCUAUAUUGCGGAAAAGCUGAGCAUCGCAUCUACCACUGUCCUCAUCGUCCUGCACGCCGUCGCACUCAAGCGUCACCUCGUAUAA